GAUAUGGCGAGUGGCUCUCUCUAUUCACUCACGUGUGUUCAUUGUUUUUCAAGGUUGUAUAAAUUGUAGCGAUUGUGCUGUUCCUUUAACAUACUUUGCGGUUGGCUCUAAUAAUGUACAAGUUUUUAGGAACAUCGGCGUUCCAAUUCUACACUCGUGUGUGCUUAAAACAUGUUUCAAGCCCGCGGCUGUCAAUGGAACAUGAUGGAUUUUUGCAGCUCCGACGGUCAUUUGUUUCCAGCAUAAUAUCAAAGGACUGGGCAACUCAUUUGGGCACAAAACAGAGGUGCAGCUCGUUCAGAAGUCUGAGAUGUUACAGAACACAAAGAGGAGAUAGAAAACCAGCGUCAGACCCACUUCAGGAAUCAUGCACUUUAGUGGAGCCACAGAAACAAGAACAGUUUGUGUUUCCGGACUUUGAUGAACCUGUGGACAAUGAAAAUGAUGAACUACCAGAUCACCUUCUUUUGCAUAAUGUCACAAGUAAUGCAGAAGCGAAGCCAGUACAUGAGAAGAAGGGCAAUUGCGCGCACCUUAAAGGACUGGAAAUGCAAAUGAAAUAUUUAAAAGGCCCAGCAAAGUCUGAAGUGGAGGAAAACUCAUUUAUUGACUUCCACGACAAAGGAUUCCCGCUGGACACAGGCACCAAAUCAAAGAAGGUUAAAAAGCAGCAAAAGAUCUAUGGGACUCCUGAUAUGGACGUGGCAGUCAGCGAUAGCUGUUGCUCCGGCUGCGGGGCCCUCAUGCAUUGUACAGACCCCGAAAUCCCAGGUUACCUGCCAAGUGAGAAAUUCAAAGCGUUGGUUCAAGAGGACCAACUGAAGAAGGCAAUAUGUCAGAGAUGCUUUUUAAUCAAUUACCACCAGAAGGCUUUGAACGUCACCAUGUCCAAGGAGGAAUACAGGUCGAUCGUCAAGAGAAUUAAAUCAGAGAAGGCUUUGGUGUUGCUGAUAGUGGAUCUUCUGGAUCUCCCUGACUCCAUCAUCCCAGACCUUCCAGAGCUGGUUGGGAAGAAUAAGCACAUUGUGAUUUUAGGAAAUAAAAUAGACUUGCUGCCCGGAGAUGCUGAGAAUUACAUGCAGCGUAUCAAACGUCAGCUUAAGGCAUAUUGUGAAAGCAUGGACAUUUCUCCUAUUGAUAACAAAGACAUCCACCUCAUCAGUGCCAAAACAGGAUACGGUAUAGAAAACCUUAUAACGAGACUGCAGUCGACCUGGAAGUACAAGGGAGAUGUGUAUUUGGUCGGGACAGCAAAUGCUGGCAAAUCUACAUUGUUUAAUACUUUAAUGGAAUCUGAUUAUUGCAAAUCCAGAGCUUCAGAUGUGAUUCAUAAAGCUACUAUAUCUCCGUGGCCUGGAACAACAUUAAAUCUGCUGAAGUUCCCGAUCAUCAACCCGACCCCAUACCGGAUGUUUAGACGGGCAGAGCGACUGAAGCAGGCGUCUCAUUUGACCGAAGAUGACAUGAAUCCCGGAGAGCUGAAGAGAAUCAUUCAUUUCAGCAAGCAGGGAUACUUGGUCGGUCACAUUGGGAGGACAUUCAUAUCAAAGCAGCCAAAGAAAACACUUGUGGAAUUUGAUCCUGAUAGUCUGAGCUUUGGAGAAGACCUGGAGGAAGAGGUUAAAAAAGAUCCAUCCUCCACAGAUGCAGAGCUCAGCUACAAUGAAAUCAAAGAUGCACACUGGUUCCAUGACACCCCAGGCAUCAUGAAAGAACAUGACGUUCUCAGUCUUUUGAAUGAGCAGGAAGUGAAGCUGGUGGUUCCUAAGCAUGCCAUUACGCCAAGAACGUUUAUAAUGAAUCCUGGUAUGGUUUUAUUUUUGGGGGCUUUGGCACGCAUUGAUUAUUUGGAGGGAAAAAGCCCAUGCUGGUUCACAGUUGUUUCUUCAAAAUGCAUCCCAGUUCAUAUCACCUGUUUGAACAAGGCGGAUGCAAUCUAUCAGAAACAUGCUGGGAGUAGCCUUCUUGCUGUCCCAUCUGGUGGGGAGGAACGCAUGAAAACUUUCCCACCACUUGUUGCUCAAGACUUUGAACUCCAGGGACAGGGCUGUAACUCUGCAAUCACUGACAUCAAGAUCUCAUCAGCUGGCUGGGUUGCUGUGACAGCAGCUGAAGGAGAUCCACUGUUGUUGAGGACUCACGCCCCUGAAGCAGCAGGACUAUGUUUGCGCACCCCACCUUUACUGCCCCACGUCGUGAAUCUGAAAGGACAGAGAAUCAACAAAACUCCCUCCUACAAGAUGAGAAAGCCACAGGUUUUGGUAGACACCGGCCUGUCUGCCAAAGCUGCUGUGAGGCUCAACGUGAGAAGGAAAAACUGAAGAGUUUUGGCUGUUUGUCUUAAUAUUUUUGAGGCUUUAGGUCUUCAAAAGAGUUUUUUUUUUAUAUACAGAAAAAAGUAUAAAUUAUGAAUUUACCUAAUAAUUAAAGACAUUUUAAAUGCCUUUUGAAUAAAAAAAAUAAAAAACACAAUCUGUGGCAAGAUUGUUUAUUGAAACAUCUAGAGCUAAACAUACAGGUCACAUAGUAAACUGUUUUUCAGAUUAUUCAUAAAAAGACAUCAAGGGGAUAACACAAUAACAGUUCAACUGAUAUAAUUUGACUACUUUUACUCGAAAAUGGAAAAAAAAAAAAGUCACGCACUUGAUUACAAAGAUGGAGAAAUGG